CGGGUUACACGAGCUAUCGACGGAUGUCGAAUAUACCGACAGCGCCGGGAAACGUUGGAUUUCCGCAGGCGUACGGUCAAAACCAGAAUCAACAAUAUCAACACGUCCAACAAUUCAGUCAGUUUUCUCAACCAUCUGCGGCUCCGUUAAAUAAUGCUCCUCCCAAUUAUGCAGCCAAUCCGUUUCCUUUUCCGACUGCAACGACUUCGCAAGAGCCGGUGAAACCCGUAUCUCAAAUCCCAAAUGGAGCACCAAGUUAUCAAUAUAACCAUGCUGCGCCAAAUUAUCCAACUGCAGCUUCAGCUUUUCCAGCUCAUUCUGCAGGAUUUUCUCAUCAACCACCGUCCUUUUCACCCGCUACUCAGCCUUCUAUGAACGGCCAUCAUGCUCCACCACCACCAGCUGUGUCCCGACCGCCAGCGUUUCCAACUCCACCACCAUCAGUUGGUUCAGCAGCUCCAAGUAUUCAGCCUCCGAUCCCAUCUGCACUUGCUUCAGCCCGACCUGCUCCAUUUCCUGCUGCUCAACCUCCACCGGCACCAACUCCAACGCCUUCUUAUCAGCAACAAAUGGCUCCACGGCCUCAAGCACCAGCUGCUUAUCCUCCGGCUUCACAGCAACAAGGAUAUCCUCCCCAGCCACAGCAAAAUUCACAGUAUGGUCAACCACAAGUCCCACAACCUCAAAUGCAAAAUAUGAAUCAGCAAUUUGGACAAAUGAACAUGAGCGGAGCUCCUGGUCCUCAGCAACAAAUGGGCGGGUAUCGCAAUGAUAUAAUUGAUCUGAUUGCUGAAAGAAAUGUUCAACAACUUGGUUUUGAAGAUAUCGAGAUUCAGAUUCCUCAACAAGUCGCGAAUCCGAAUGCUCAUGUUGAUCCAAAUAUUUUCCGCUCAACACUCGCCCAAGUUCCACAAACAGAAGAACUACUGAAAAAGAGUCGAUUACCAUUUGCAAUAACACUUCAUCCGUUCCGAGAUGUUAAGAAUCUCAAUAUUAUACAAACAUCGAAUAUUGUACGUUGUCGGUAUUGUCGGACAUAUAUUAAUCCAUAUGUAUAUCUUCCUGAUCAUCGACACUGGAAAUGCAAUCUCUGUAAUAGAAAUAACGACCUGCCUGAUGAUUUCUGCUGGGACCCAGUGACAAAAGCAUUCGGAGAUCCUCGAAACAGACCGGAAAUUCAAAAUGCGACGGUUGAAUUUAUUGCUCCAUCGGAAUACAUGUUACGUCCACCUCAACCUGCUGUCUAUGUAUUCGUGAUUGAUAUUAGUGCUGCAGCAAUUCAAUCAGGCUAUUUACACACAUUUGCCGAGCAACUUCUCAUCAAUAUAGAUCAAAUGCCAGGAGAUGAUCGUUCUCAAGUGUGCUUCAUUGCUGUCGAUCAAUGCUUGCAUUUCUUCUCAUUUUCUAGUAAUAAGCGGUAUCCGAAUGAAAUGAUUGUAGACGAUAUCGAUGACGCUUUUCUUCCAUCAGUCACAUCACUGCUUGUUCCUAUGAAGAAAUUCAAAGAUACAAUUCGAACUUUUAUCAAGCAACUUCCCGAAUUCUACUCUCAAAUCGGCCCAACUUCAAAUGGAAAUUGCCUCGGAUCUGCAUUGAAGCUCGCGCAGAGCAUGAUACAAGAAGUUGGAGGAAGGAUAUCAAUCUUCCAAGUCAGCCUACCAAAUCUUGGAUUAGGAGCACUGAAAAGCAGAGAAGAAUCGACGGAAGGUGGUCAGAAUUUGGGGCCAGCAACCGAUUUCUACAAAGCUCUAUCGUUAGAGUGCACCGGAUCGCAGAUUUGCCUUGAUCUGUUUAUGUUCAACACGCAAUAUGCUGAUUUGGCAACUCUUUCUGAAAUUGCAAAGUUCUCGACAGGAUGUGUCUACCAUUUCCCGAACUACAACUAUCGAAAUGAUAUCCAUCAAGUAAAACGAUUCGAACGGACUCUCACUCGAUAUUUGACACGAAAACUCGGAUUUGAAGCAGUUCUUCGUAUUCGAACGUCUCGUGGCCUCGCUCUAACCGGUUUCUACGGAAACUUCUUCGUCCGAUCUCCAGAUCUUUUGGCACUUGCCAACGUGAAUCCAGAUUCUGCACUUGCGGCUCAAGUGACACUCGAAGAGAAGCUUCCGCAAUAUGUAUGCUUCCAGUCAGCACUACUCUAUACAUCGAGUAAAGGUGAUCGUCGUAUUCGAGUACAUACAAUGUGCCUUCCAACAACUGGUGAUCUACUUCAACUUUACAAUAAUUUUGAUCUGAAAGCUACGGUAUCCUAUCUGGCUAAAAUUGGAGUAGAACGAUCUAUGACUGGAAGUUCACUUGCUGAUUCAAGAGAAGCACUUGUAAAUGCAGUUGUCGACAGUGUUGGAGCAUAUCAGAAGGCUGUAUCGAGAGGAAGUGGAAUGCUUGUUCCACGUGUCGGUCAUCUUCGGCUCUUCCCAAGUUAUGUGCUGGCUAUGCUCAAACAUCCAGCAUUCUCCUCGUCUCGUGGCAUCCGCCUAGAUGAACGAGCCGGCGCAAUGUUGAUGAUGCGAUUCAGUCCAUUGGACCAAAUUCUGUCUGACAUUUAUCCACGUCUCUAUCGGCUCAACGAACUCGCCUCAAUGCCAGAAGAUCAGUCGCCACCAGCAUUACCACUAUCAUUCGAGCAUAUCAGUCGUGGAGGUGUCUAUCUGAUGAUAACUGGUACUAUUGCCUUUGUCUACGUGGCUUCAUCCGCAGAUCCAGGUUUCCUGGUUAAUGUUUUCGGAACUUCUACGUAUAAUGAUAUUGAUGAGUAUUCCCUUCUGGAAAGAGAUAAUGAAUUGUCGAGAAGAGUGCACGCGUUCUUCAAGCAAGUCACACAAUUCCGAUUCUAUCUGGGACCAAUAAUAACGAUUAAAGAACACUCGCCUCUCCGUGACGUGUUUGUACGGCGACUUGUCGAUGAUCGGUCAGAAUCAACACAUUCAUAUGUAGAAUUCCUGCAGCAUUUGAAACGAGAGAUUAGUGGUAAUUAGUUGAUCAAUUUUCAUCCUCCAUGCCGUUCCCAUCAUCAGUCAGUUCAUCCGUGUGACAUAUCCAUUCCCUCUUUUUUGUUCCCGUUUCCCAACAGUGUCCCAUGUCUUUUUUUGCUUUGGUGUUUUUUCUUUCUCCGUAAUUAUUAUUAUUAUUGUUCUUAUUUUCUCUUUUUUUUUUGAAAAUUCCGUUCUUUCUUCAAUGUGCUCGAGUUGAACGGAUAUGGGUUUAUCAAUUGAUUUUGUGUUUUUUCUUUCUAGUUGUGAUUAUUCUCCCCGUCUCUUGAAAAUCCUCUAAAUAUUUCAACCAUUUUUGGCCCUGCCUCACCAUACAUUUUAUUUGUCGCCCGUCUUCCAAAAUUCUUCCAAAAAUCGAUAAAGUGAUAAAUACCAAAGUGUAUUUCUAAUUAUUAUUAUUAUCAUUUUUCCUUCCCCUCAAAUUUCCUGUUCAAUCAUCCAGCCGACCCCCGUUAGGAUUUUAAUGUUACUUUUUUCUUGGUUUUUCAAAAUAGCAAUAUUUAUUACGAUUUUUUGUUGCUUUUUGCACUUUUGUAGCAAAAACUCAUGUGAACAGUUUUAUUAUCAAGUUUUUUUUCCAAGGAUCUAUGGUUUUUGAGUUGAAAAAACAUUGAAUUUUGAAACAAAAAACCAAAACUAUUAUACACAAAAAUAAAUACUCGUUAUGAUU